GCUUCCGAUUGGAAUAUGUUUAAGAUGUUGAUCAGGGUGUUGACAGAAAGAAUGUUCAAACAUCUACGGAAAUGGUUUGUCACUCGCUUUCUUGGGCGUUCUCGGCGAAGAGCGAGGCUGGUCUCCAAAGAUGGAAGGUGCAACAUCGAAUUUGGCAACGUGGAGGCACAGUCGAGGCUGAUAUUCUUUGUGGACAUCUGGACGACCGUGCUGGACCUCAAGUGGAGAUACAAAAUGACCAUCUUCAUCACAGCCUUCUUGGGGAGCUGGUUCUUCUUUGGCCUCCUGUGGUAUGCAGUCGCCUACAUUCACAAAGAUCUCCCUGAGUUCCAUCCUUCCGCCAACCACACCCCUUGCGUGGAGCACAUUAAUGGCCUGACCUCAGCUUUUCUGUUUUCUCUGGAAACGCAGGUGACCAUCGGCUAUGGGUUCAGGUUUGUGACGGAACAGUGCGGCACUGCCAUUUUCCUGCUCAUCUUCCAGUCUAUCCUGGGAGUCAUCAUCAACUCUUUCAUGUGCGGGGCCAUUUUAGCCAAGAUCUCCAGACCCAAAAAACGUGCCAAGACCAUUACUUUCAGCAAGAACGCAGUGAUCAGUAAGCGGAGUGGGAAGCUCUGUCUCCUGAUCCGGGUGGCUAAUCUUCGAAAGAGCCUCCUUAUUGGCAGUCACAUCUACGGAAAGCUUCUGAAGACCACCAUCACUCCUGAAGGAGAGACCAUUAUCUUGGACCAGAUCAAUAUCAACUUUGUGGUUGACGCAGGGAAUGAAAAUUUAUUCUUUAUCUCCCCACUGACAAUUUGCCAUGUCAUAGACCACACCAGCCCCUUCUUCCACAUGGCAGCAGAAACACUUCCCCAGCAGGACUUUGAAUUAGUAGUGUUUUUAGAUGGCACAGUGGAAUCAACCAGCGCUACCUGCCAAGUCCGGACAUCCUAUGUCCCAGAAGAGGUGCUCUGGGGCUACCGUUUUGCUCCCAUAGUGUCCAAGACCAAGGAAGGAAAAUACCGAGUAGACUUCCAUAACUUUAGCAAGACAGUGGAAGUGGAGACGCCUCACUGUGCCAUGUGCCUUUAUAAUGAGAAAGACGCUCAAGCCAGGGCGAAGAGAGGCUAUGAUAACCCCAACUUCAUUUUGUCCGAAGUCAACGAAACAGAUGACACCAAAAUGUAA